AUGACCUCAUAUACCCCACCGUGCAGCCUCAUGAGGCCUCCAGCAAGGAGCAGCGGCAGAAGGACCAGUCUGUGGCAGAGAGACUUUAGCCGGAUCGUCGGUGGGGACAAUGCCCUGAGAGGGGAGUGGCCCUGGCAAGCCAGCCUGCAGCUCCGCGGGGAGCACAUGUGUGGAGGGUCCCUGAUCGGUGACAAAUGGAUUCUUUCAGCUGCUCACUGCUUCAUCGGGAAAGACACAACCAAGGACCCAUCCUCCUGGAAGGUGGUGCUAGGGCGUCUGCAGCUGAGUGGUGGCCCGUUACAGGGUGUAGUGCGGAACGUGUCCCAGAUCAUCACCCAUGAGCAGUACAAAGACUACACCAAGGGCUUGGACAUCGCCCUGCUGCGACUGGCUGAGCCUGUCUCCUUCAGCCGUGACGUAGGCCCCAUCUGCCUGCCCUACCCCAACCACCGAUUCGCCUUCGGGUCCCAGUGCUGGGCCACUGGCUGGGGCAGGGUGAAGGAGGACAUGACCCUCCCACCCCCGAAGCCUCUCAAGAAGGUGGGGCUGGACCUGCUCAGUGCAGAGACCUGCAACUGCAUCCACAAUAACCUGCGCCAGAAGGAGCUCUCCAACCCUGCCGGGCCAGGGCUGAUCUGUGCCGGGUCUCAGAGUGGGGGCCAGGGGCCCUGCCAGGGUGAUUCCGGGGGGCCGGUGGCCUGCUCCGAGAAUGGGACGUGGUUCCAGGCCGGGAUCAUGAGCUUCUCAGUGGGCUGUGCCCAGCCCCACAGCCCCAUCCUGCUGACCGAGGUCACGGCCUACACCGGCUGGAUCCAGAACCACACGGGGGGAGCCUCCUUCUCUGUCCAGACUGUGCCGCCCCCCUUCAGCAGCGACCAUGGAAAAUGCAGAGGUUGUGGGAAGCUGAAGGGACAUGAGCUGAGCGUCACUGCCAAGGGGCCUUGGCCCUGGUACGUGAGCCUACAAUCUGGGGGGCAACACGUCUGCGGGGGAACACUGAUCUCUGAGAGCUGGGUGCUGGCGGCUGCUCACUGCUUCAUCGGGCGGCAGGAACCCACAGACUGGAAGGUGCUCCUGGGUGAGCAGCGGGAGGGGGCAGAGCCACACUGGCAAGAAGAGAGGGGCCUACAGAAGCUCAUCCUCCACGCAGCCUACGUGAAUGUGACUGACGGCUUUGACAUCGCGCUGCUGAUGCUCACCAAGCCAGUGGUGUUUGGGGAGAACAUCUGGGCUGUCUGCCUCCCCUACGACACACACCAAUUCCAGCUCGGCGGCACCUGCUGGGUCAGGGGACGGGAGAAUGCUCGGGCAUCCACACCGCAGCCGCUCCAGGGCGUGGAGGUGGAUCUCAUGGGACCUGUCGCCUGUAACUGCACCUACAACCAGUCCAGCUCAGCGGAUGCUCUGGACGUUCAGGGUGCUGAGCACUUGAAUCUAGACGCUGGCGCCUCUGGAGCUGUCCAUGGUGCUGAAGUGUCCUAUCCUCUGGGGCUGAACCAUCCAGCAUUCAGCGGGGCAUGUGCCCAGCAGUACAUGGGGCUUAUGGGCGAUGAUGGGGGGCCUCUGAUUUGCAAUGAGAAGGGCACCUGGCUCCUGACUGGCCUCUCCAGCUUUGGCAAUGGCUGCGGGAGGAAGAGCCAGCCUGGGGUGUACACAGAAGUUAGAGCAUACGAGAAAUGGAUCAUGGACAUCACGCGGGAUGGUUACUUUGCCAAGCAGCCCAUGCCAGUUCCAGCAGUCAUAGAAGAGGACAGAUGCCCAAUGAAGCCUACACCAACUGACAAGGCAUGA